AUGCGCGACGACCCGGACCCGGGCGGGAAUCUGGCUUGGGCGAGAGCCAUCGCCAAGGCUGACGCCCUCGUCGCGCUCUCCCACGAGGUACGCGCGUCGGCGGAGAAGCGGGCCAGGUUCAAACAGGCGGCGGGCGCGUACGCGGACCCGCGAAGCCGCGCGUCGAGGACCACGCACGAGCGCGAGCGCGCCGCGGAGGGCGUGGCGAAGGAGAUGGGAGUGGAGGUGCCCGUCGCCGAGCAUGAGAAGACGCCGGCGGAGCCCGUCGAGGCAACCGCGUCGUCGCCCUUGCCUAGGUCCACCGCGAAGCACACCGCGAAGACCGGGACGCCGCUCGGUACGUCCGCGUCGUUUAAGAGCGACGGAUCCGACGCCUCCGUCGGGGAUUCCGCCACAGCUGGCACAGCUGGCGGCGGCACAGCUGGCGGCGGCGCCCCGCAAAGUUCGCGCAAGCAAUCCGCCAUUCUCAAGCCGCAGAAGCAGAAUAGCGGCGACGUGCUGGACAUGUGGGACGAGAAGGGCAACAUCCGCGUCGCCAAGGCGCUGGCAGAUACCCCCAACCCCUCGGACGUGGACCCGUCCUCGAAGGAGGUGUCCAUCACGCCGGAUCAGUACAGACUCCUCUACCUCAUCUCGCGCUUGCAGUCGGUGUCGUUUGAAGCUCCGAGGAAAAUGGGGUCGAUCGAGCUGACCCGCAACGAAAUCUCGAGCGGCGGCGGGGGCAGCCCGUCGCGAACGUCCUCGGAGGACUCGCUCGAUCGACUCCAGUCGCUCGCCGCGCGCGAACGCGAAGAGAGGGAGGGCGGGGGCGGGGAGGAGGGCAAAUCUGAACUGAGAGCCCAUACAAACGUUCGGAAGCCCGGCGGCGUUUUCGGCAACAGCGGCGGCAGGGUGGCGCCCGAGCCCGAUCACAACAUCGCGCGAUCGAGCAGUCACGGGUCGAGCGCCGGGAGGACGGUGACGAUACGCGACGAGCCACCGAGCGACUCCUCGAGGGUACCGGCGGCGACGCCGGGCGGCGAGAACGAGAACGAGGGGUCGAAGGAGCCGCACAGGCAGUUGUCCACGACUUCGCUCUGGAAGAAGGCGGUGGUCAGCGUGGUGAACACCCUGAAGCUGCGACACACGCUCUCGCGCAGUUUUCAGCACGUGCCGAGCACCAUGCGCGAGCUGCAGGACAAGGCUAGCACGCGCUGGGUGCACAGGACGCCGUUGCUGGUGUACAUUUACGAGGGCAUCCUGCUCGAAAUAUUCGAGACGUACGACUUUUACCCCGGCUCGGAGAUGUCCGGCGUGUGCAAGGGCGUGCUGAACAUGAACGUGUCGACGGAGGCGGUGGAUGACCUCUCGGAUCUCCAAGAGAUGGGCCUGGUGCUGCGGCUGAAGCUGGGAACCAAGGACCACUUCACGACGACGUCCUAUCAGGUGAUGCCCGCGGGUGUAGCCGCGUUGAAGUCGAUGCCGCAGCGGGAUAAGAACGACAUGGAUCGAUUCUUGGUUCACGGCGUCCGCGUGGAGACGCCGCAGAUGCUUCGCGCGACGCACUACGACCCCCACGACUACGCGUGGUGGGGUACCGCCGACAACGACGACGACGAAUACCUCCGCGAGAUUUUCGGCGAUAAACCCGAGUUUACCCCUUUCGAGAUUUCCUUUGACGCCGUCACCGGCGAGUUCAACCUCCUGGACACCGAGGGAAACGAACGGGUGAGCACGGUGACGGAGUUUGAGGACGUGUCUUACGUGUGCUCCCCUUACUUACCCUCGUGCGUCAGGCCGAAGGAGGGGCGUCACUCGACGAACAGGGAGUUUAGCGAUUUCUCGUCUCUCGCGCACCUCGCCGCGGAGGGGACCCACACCAUGCGCGACGCCGACAUUCGUCACCACGUCUUCCUGAACAACAUCACCCUACUGUCGUCCCAGUACCUGGUCAACGGACCGAACGAGGUGAACUCGCUGAACGAGAAGCUGUCGUUGCACGCGAGCCGCGAGGAGAUGCGCAAGGGCCAGGCGGGUUUGGUAUCCGCGCAAGUCGAUCACUCGCCGGCGUCGACGGUGUUUGACGUCGCGAUGUCGGGAAUGUGCGCCAUCUUCCCGAUGGACUACGUGCGGUCCACGAUGGCCAACUUCGAGUCGAAGGUGUACCUGCCCGAAGAUCCCGGCGUGGUGCAGCUGGAAAACUUUGGCAUUCACCUCCACUCCAACGGCGAGGUGAUUUUUGGCGUCAAGGUUGAGAGCGUCAUGAGCAACGUUCGGGACAACAUUCCGAUUGAUCUGAUCGCUCGAAUCGUGUUCGACCUGCACGAGGACUCCGCCAGCACGCUGAGCUCCAUAUCGAGCUCGCACCAGCGUCUGCUCAUGGCCAGUCUGAGGGGCACGCGGUACGUCAACGAGGUCCGCAACGAGAACCAGGGCAGCUCCCGCAGGCGCAACAGGCUGGACAUCGGCGCGAGCGGCCACAAAAAACGCCCCGUGGAGCUCACCGGUAGCGCCGCCCUCGACAACGUGAUCGAUAACCUGACCGCCGUGGGUUCGAAAGUUUCCGGCGUGGCGGCGUCCAUCGCGUCCGUCCCGAGGCAGGUGCGGGAUCAGGUCAUGAGCGGGCUGGUGCACAACAAGAAAGCUUCCUCCGGCGAGGCGGCUCGCGGCGACGCGCGCGGGAGACCCAGGCCCCUGCGUCGCGCCGUCACCCCGUCGCAGCUCGCUCGGAGCUCGAUGUCCCCGGUCAUCAGAGGUAAUAACCCGGCGCUGACGCGCCAAAAAUCCGCCGUGUACGACAGCGACGACGACGGCUCCAGCGUCUUCGACUCCUCGGACGAAGACGACGAGUUGAUGAGGUUGCAGCAGUUGGUGGUGGCGGCGAGCGAACAGCACGCUUUCACCGCCUCCAAGUACGCUUUCAACAUGUUCACCGCCUUUUUCUGCGAUUCAAUCACCCCCGGCGUCUCCGCUGCGGAGCUGAUGGACGGCGAGGAUUACGAAAACGACAUCAUGCAGAUUAUCGGUCGAAUCACCUCGGGCGCGGACCUGCCCGGCGGGGGAAUCGUGCUGAGCGGCGAGAAGGGGCUGAUCGUGUCCGGGCCCGCGGGACGGAAGUUCGAGCAACUCAUCGUGGUGCACUGCUCGGUGAUGGCUCGUCGCAUCUUCGUAAGCGAGUUUUUCCAUCGGCUCUUCGAGAUGGAAUCGGAGAUUGACGCCAUUCAGGUGGCGAUCAGCGCGCACAUAGGCAAGCCCUCGCAGCUCUCGGACAUUCGCAGGCGGGUGAUGGAGGCGUGCAAGCAGGCCAGCUUGUUGGACUCGCUGCUGACGCAGUGCCAGAGCUCUUCCAGCGACUUGCCGGAUAUUUCCCAGAAAACCAUGGAAAAGGGGAAAUCCGAUCCGGCGUACGACGUGCUGCUCGAGACGCUCAACACGCAGGACUACAGGGAAGAGCUGGUGUUACGUUUGAAGGAUUUGGAGUCGUUGCUGCACUGCGCUCGGCUGGGGCUGGACUCGCUGAGGGAAAACACGGAUGUGAUAUCCGAGAUGCAGAUGUUCAAACUGCAGGAGAGCCUGCAGUCGAACACCCGCAACCUCGAGUCGCUCUUCCGGUCCAACGAGAGCGCCAGCAGCAGCCUGCAGAUCAUGCAGCUCGUCAUCGGAGGUUCGCUCGGAUUCGCCAUCCUCGACAGGAUGACCGGCGAGUGGUCCGCCCUGGACACGCCUUGGGGACAGACGUUUUGGAAAUACUUUGUCGACCCCGCCGGCGUCUGGUUCGUCGUCUCGAUGACCGUCUUUGUCGUCAUCGUCGUCGGUCUGCACAUCACCAUGAAGUUCAUGAUCAAGCAGGCGUCCGCGGACAUGUGCCUGCGUUACUCCCUGCACGUGCGAGUCAACUUGCACGCGCUUCGACAGUACCUCAAGCGACGCGUCUUAUUCAGCGAGGAGGCUGAGACGGACGUCGAGGGGAACAACGUGUACAAGGUAUCCUGGGACGAGAACAAGAAGGCGUACGGGGGUAGCGCCCUCCGGGUCGGCAUAUCCGUCGACCAAGGCCACGCGCGUUUGUGCACGGUGACGUUGCAGUACAAUCGCAGGGAGGGUUCGCUGUCGGUGCCCGACGUGCAAGAUAAGUUUUUGCGCGAGCUCGUCGACGCGAGGGUCAUCGUCGACGAAUCGGAACUCGGGGAUUUGAUCCGCCCGGAGGCGCACACCCUGGAGGAGCGCGUGCGCAUGGCGGCGGACGAGCAGCGGAGCAGGGACAGGGCGAGGAAGCUGCGAAAGCGGGGGGAGGACCGGCAGGCGGUUCGCAUAAUCGAGCGACGAGCGAUCAAGUCGGAGCGCAGCUACUAG